AUGAUCGCUAACACUGUACUUGAUUGGGUUUUUAAUGAACAUGGGUUUCGUUUAACCUCUUGGAAUCAGCCAUUUCUUACCCCUGCUUGCCUUCAAGAAUACGCCUGUGCUAUAGCAAGACAAGGAAGUCCACUUACCAAUUGUUUUGGUUUCAUUGACGGCACGGUUCGCCCCAUAUGUCGCCCUGGAGAAAAACAGCGCGUUGUAUACAACGGGCACAAGCGUGUUCAUGCGCUAAAAAUUUCAAUCCGUAGUAGUGCCAAAUGGUUUGAUAGCAAAUCUUUAUGGUCAAGGGGGGACGUCCUAUGUCUCUAUGGAGACCCAGCUUACCCUCUUCGUCCUCAUUUAAUGGCCCCUUACCGAAUAGGGGAGGUUCCAGUAUUUACAGCCGAUAUGGAAGCAUUUAACUCAGCAAUGAGUUCUGCUAGAGCUUCGGUGGAAUGGCUAUUUGGCGAUAUCUCCAACUCGUUCAAGUUCUUAGAUUUCAAGAAAAACUUAAAGUUAGGAUUAAGCGCAGUUGGAAAGCAAUAUAUAUAG